AUGUCUAAUUCCUCGCAUGCGCCACUACCCCAGACCCAAUCCCUUCGCCGGUCUGCAACUCUUCCUUCCAAACUGAUUACCCGACCUCGGCGGCAAUCCGAGUCGCUGAGGCCGUCGGAGAACGACCUCUUUUACCAUCCUUCUGCCAAAGUCGUCCAUUUUGCCCCUAGAGCGCUCGCCCCGAUCCCUUCCAGUACUGCGCCCUCCGACUUCGACUAUCCCGUUGAUACCGUUGAGACACUUCCUUGGAGAUCCCCUACCGAACGAACGGUCGCUCUUGGCCCGCUUCGCCUGGAGAAUGUUCAUGGCCUCACUGUCUUUCUCAAGUGCGGCAAUGUCGUCCAUGCCAUCCUCAAGAACUCGCAAUGUUGGUGUGUCGACGGCGAGUCAACAUUUGUCUUGCGCAUUCGCCCUCUGACCUACUAUCGCAUCGAGCUCCCCGCCGACACCGACGACCAUAAGGUUUUGGUCAUGGAGAUGAAAAAUGUCUUGCCAAGGGUCCUCCGUUACGAAGUGACACCAUGCCCCUUCAAGAGAGGUUUCACCGUUGAGAUACCGGAGGAGGCCAAAGCGCCCCGGAGGAAGAGGGCCUGGCGUCCCAAAGGUCGUCGCGAAAGUGCCCCCAUCAGUUCAGUCUACUACCACGGAUUGUCCAAGUCGAAGGAGGACCUCACCAAAGACUCAGUGAGUGCCGGGGAAGACACGGAUGGCGAAGCGACGGAUGACAGCGGCUUUUCGACCAAGGCCAGUAACAGUCCCAGUAACAGUACUAUCUUGGAGACUAUCCCGGAUGAUAACGAAUCCCCGGAAGCGCCUCAGACAUCCGAACAGGUGGACCUUCCCAUGCGCCCAGACCCGGAACCCGAACAAAAUUUCCAGACCUUGCUGGCAAGGUUUGAAGAUAAACCCAAAGAACAGGUUGAUCCUGAAACAACGUUUUCAUCGAGCGUUGAAUCCUUCCACUCCCUUGGACCAUCGUUAUCUACAUUACCCGAACUUGACGCCUGCUCUACGCCUACAUCGACCGAGGGUACUGAGCAAUUCCAGCCCGAACAUAGUGACACUCAUUCGCAGUCUGAAGAACAGCCCUUCCAGGAAACAGAACGCUCGAGAGACAGAUUAUCGGUAUAUGUCGACUGCUGGGAUGACUUGUCGCCCGCAUCGCACGACAUGCCUGGAGCCUUCCACGAGCGCGAAAUAAAACCGAUUCCGACCAUAGUCCCCGACAUUCAACGUCCAGUCGCACGCCGCACCGGAACUACCGAUUCGAACCCCAAUCUCAGCAGCAUGAGCAUCGAAUUUCGCCGACGCUCUAAAGCAUCUCGUGAGCGCGAAGUAUCCCCGAUGCCACCUGCAUCGUCUUUGGCAGUCGCAAGACCCGAGAAAAAUGAUGCGGCUUCACUCAUUCAUAAAACCUGCACACUUGUCCUGGUUCCCCCCAUCCAGCUGCUCGUGGUUCUCAUCCACAUUGCCGCGCGCAUUGUCAUCGGUCCAGCCUUGGAAUCUGCGAUGGGUGAACUGAACCGGAAGAUCGAGUAUGAGGUUGACCAUGCCCAGGACACAGUGGAUGACUUCGACUUGCCUCUUCCUGACCGAUCCGGGGUGUCUGCGGAUGAGAGUUCCGACUGA